AUGACUUCGGCAGAUACUGCUUCGCUGCCCUCCCAAGAUGACUCGAGAUCCAACUCCUCGGUGAACCUCCGGUCCGAGAGGCACGAGAGCAUGACCAAGUCCCUCUUCUCGCGGGGAAGUCGAAUCCUACGCCGCCAGGGCAGUAAGUUCAACAUCGCUGCAACGCUGGACGAGGAGGAGGAAGUGGAACGAGAGAAGUCCCGGUUCGAGGUCUCGGAUCUUUUUAAUCGUCACCACAAGUCGCGCCAAAGUGAUGUCCAUGACAGUUUGAAGAGUCUCAUCUCCGACCCCUUUGAUUUCCACCAUCUCACUCAUACGAGUCCAUCUCAGUUCCAGGAAUUGGACAGAACCGGAGAAAAUGAUCUAGUCACCGAGUUCUCUGCCAUUCGUGCCUCCCAGAGACCCAUUACUGAGCUCAAAGGUAUCCGAGCAGAGGACCUUCAUUUCCGAGGUUUCUCAUCGGAGGAUCUUACCAAUGGCGGCUCAAGUCUCGUAGAUCACCGAGCUUCUCCCACCCCAACCAGCCCACCUGGCUCUCCCGGUACUGUAUCUUCCAUCAGUCCAAAACAGCUGGAUUCCAGGGCCAGGAGAGAAUCGCGCGUCUGUGAGAACUUCUCUCGCCCCGUAGCGAAAUACUCCAGGGCAACAUCGACUACCCCUCCCCCGAGGGCCACCUCCCCCCAGCUCACUCCUUCGCCGGAUAUGUCCGAACCUGCACCGCGCGCCAUCGAUGAGAUUCUGGGCCUGUCUUCGCAGCCCACGUACCCAGAACACGUGUAUGGCAAUUCCUCCGACGCCGAACGGACCUAUUCUCUAUCUCACAUCAACGUUGAGGGGAUGAUUUUACCCGAGAUUGCGCAAGGUCUCAUUAAAAAGGCGACUCCCGAAACAGUUGAGGCAAGAACCUCGUCUGUAUCGCUUCCUAGCCUGUCGUCGGUGUUGGAGGAAGUCCCGGAAGAGCUAAGCUCUACUCACUGGCAUGACAGCCCCGAUGCGAAUGCGCGUGGAGCCGAGGUUCCCAUCUCUCCUGGAACCCAACGCAAAUCCCAGCUCUCCAUCUCUGUCGCUGAGGAGUUGUCCCAGAAGUUCACGGAAGCGCUGGGGUCUCCGGUUCUGCCUCAGUAUCGCCUGUUUCAGAGCAUUGCGCCCAAUGACCAGAUGGUUGGAGGACCUGUUCGCAGGCGGUCGUCCGCCCGCCGCAAGCCCACCUAUGAGACCAUUUAUGAGUCCUGGGAUGCUGAUAUCGACUAUUGCUACGAGCACGCGGCAGAAUCAACCUGCAACUUCGAUUGGUCGCGCAAUUCCCUGGAUGAACCCCGAUCAACCGAAACGGACAAUACUCUUCGCGCGGUGUCUGGCGGGACACGGCUGGACCAAGACGCCCGACUUCUUCAACCCAUUCACCUCAGCACUUCGUCACUCCCCACUCCUGAUUUGGAUCCCAGCCCAUCCCGCUCCCUGAUGAGCUCGCAGGUAGCUGUGACCCCGUCCAGUGCAGAGUACGAGACUGAAAUCGUCGCCGCCGGUGGUGCCGAUUAUUUCCAGCCUGUCAAUUUCUCACCUGCGCUGGGGAAACAGAUUCCGCAGGACACUCUGUACGAGGAGUACCUGGAGGCCGAUUCGGAGUCAGACCGACAUUUCUCCUUCUGCCCUCAAGGGCUGAUCCACGGCAUGGAGCAUCCUGUGUCCCCCCGGAGUAGCUUUUCUCCCAUCAGCAAGUGCAACUCGCAGGAGAGUCUCAUCCUCUCCCGCACCGCAUCGAUCGUCCAUAAACACCGAUCUUCUAUCUCGACGACAAGUGUCCCCGAGCUGGUGCAUAGCCUGGCAAGCAGUCGGGAAUUGUCAUCGAUGGAGCAUUUGCCUAGCUCGGAUCAACCGGGACCCCCAGAGGCUCCCUCCCACCGUCGCCCGACAAAGAGCUUGGCACGAGAGAUUGAGACCCAGAUCAUGCGAGCUGAAAGGAACUGCAGCCCUAAUUCUGCGGAUUUGGCUCAGCCAGCUGGCUCGGUGCAUGAUCGCGCCAAGUCUGUCUCGGAAGUUGAAGCUUCCCGGACCGCCAGGGCUGUCAAGGGUACUGCAUCAGCACCAUUCCCGCCGAUUCCAGUGAAAAGCCCGAAUCGGAAGAAAGGCAGAGCAUCGUACUCCCUUUUCCCUUCUGCAGCAGCUUGA